AAGCAGACAAAUUAACUAAGCGACCAUUUAUUUGUCAAUAACAAAGUUUGACAAUUUAAUUCUAAUUGAAAUCUCUAAAAUGGAAGAAUCCACCACGCCUCGGGUGUUUCAAGAACCAUGCCACUUGUAUCAGCACUUUUUGGAUCAACCCAGCGUCAGUACAAUCGAGACUUUAUCCUCCUCCACCGAGUCCUCCAGCAAGCAAACUUUUCGUCGCUCCAUGCUGGUUACAGGUUUCGGUAUGAGAAACUGGGAUUCCCUUCAGAGAGCGCUUCUCGACGAUGAACAACGUCGCCAAAUGCUCCUUUCAAGACAUGAUACAGCUGAAGCCUACGAGUGCUCGUCGCUUUACUCCUCACCGCCAUCAACUCUGUCGUUUAAAACGAAGAGUAAAAGCUCAGUUUUCACGUCAGAAUCGGAAACGAUAAGUGCCAAAUCACCGUCUUUGGAGUAUUUAAUGGGCCUUGCAAUUGACGACGGUGAGUUUGAAGAAAUGAAGAAACCGGUGCUGGGAAAACUGGAGUCAAUUGCGGGGGAAACUGAAGAGGAAGUUGACUCGAAAAUGACCGAAGCUAUGAAAAGAGCUCGCAAGUAUUUGCGUCAACAUAAAAUUUUUCAGUUUUUUCGGUUUUUGAUUGCUCAUAUGUUGAGUGAAGUGCCGGAGAAUCCAAUUCAGUUUCUGGUAGAUUUGUUGGAUAAGUGCCUUUUGUACAGGUCAGGUUUUGGAAACCCACCCUUACUUUACGAAAAGGCACAUUUGGAACAACUGUUUAAUCUUAUGGACCCUAUGAGAACCGGAUUUAUCGAACCUGACCAAUACGAAAUUGGAAUGAAAACCCUCGGGAUUUGUUCCUACGACAAAAAUCCGCUUCUUUCCACCAACGGUUUAAUUCCUAAAGAAUUUUUCAUCGAAGAAGCUUACGAAUGUUUAACUGACCUUUUCGUAGACAUGAUCCGUCGCUACGGCGGACAGUUGACGCCGCCAUCGCUAGUGACACCGCCCCCGACCGAAGUUGACUUGGUGCCUAGUGUCGCAAGCAGCGGUGGCAUGUAACAUUCUACGUUUCCUUUCUCUCAGCAUGAACGUACGACUCCAACAAUGCCCAAUAUCAGAGAACCCCAAUAAGGAUAAGUAUCAUUUCGUUCCCGCUGUGAUAUAUUCGGAUGCGGUGGUCAUGCAUUAUUUAUGGCUGGAUUUUUGUUUCUCAAAUAUACAAGGCGCAUUUUA